ACUAGCGAGUAGCGAUACAACCAACAACAGUGUACUAGUAGUGUUUUGUGCGUGUUGCCGUCACAGCCAGCCAACGCGCAACGGUCUGUCGCUUCAGUGUCAAUGUGUUAAACUAGUGAGGUUGUCAAAUCUGUUUAUUUUUCAGUGUUAGUAAGUGCAAAUAAACAUACAGAAACAUGUUCUCUUUUUACAUUGUUAACGGCGCAAUGCCUGGACUAUUUGAAUGGUGUAUUUUUUGUGGUCUCGUGUAUUGGCUGUUUAACAAAAGGUUUCACACGAUGGUGGACGUGUUGUCCACCAGACUUCAGGAGGUUUAUACACGAUGGGAGACAAAAAGUGUGCCUACGCACCACAGUCUGCGCACUACUAAGCUGAGCACGCCGCGCACACGCAGCAAGGACCUCAUACAUCAGGUUUCUGACCGUCAGUUGUUCAACAUCAAGGAGACAGAGUGGAGCCCCUUGCCUGAGAAACAGCAGCGGCCCUUCCUUGGACUCACCUGCUCAUCCUGCACUCCUAGCAGUAGGAGUGCUCUUGUGGACAAGAACUACCGCAAUGUCAGCGUGGUGGAUGUGCUGCAAGUGGAGAAACUCGGCACUCACCCUCAGACAUUCCUGGGCAAGAUAUUUCCCCAGCUCUGCCAUGCACUGUCUUUCAAGAAGUUCUACUACCCUUACGUUUAUGAAACUGUGUUGAAUGAUGAGAAGAUCAAGCAGGUUAUAGAGCUGUCGGCCAAGCAAGCGCUAGAGGAGAGCAAUGCGGACGUGUCGGAUCCUGUCAUGUUUGCCGCAAUGUUGCGGAGACAGGGAGAACGAGCUGUCAAGAUACUUACAGCUCUCAGGUCCACCUUCUCUGACGCUAUCCUCAGCAGACUAGCGUCGUAUGUGAUGAACAAGGUGAUGUCCCGACUGUUCUCGUGUGUGGUGGUACACCCAGCCCAGCUGGACACCCUGAGACGAGCCAGUGAGUCACAACUGCCUCUCAUCUUCCUGCCUCUCCAUCGGUCUCACCUCGACUACAUCGUCAUCACUUUUAUCCUCGCCAACAACAACAUACAGAGUCCACUUGUUGCUGCUGGCGAGAAUCUGCGCAUUCCAGUCUUUGGUUGGUUGCUAAGGGGCCUAGGAGCGUUCUUCAUCAAGAGAAGGAUGGAUCCAGCCAAGGGCAAGAAGGAUACCCUCUACCGUGCCUUGCUGCACACGUACAUGAUGCAGUGUCUCAGCGCAGGACACAAUUUUGAGUUCUUUAUUGAAGGGGGCAGAACUCGGACUGGGAAACCUUGCAUGCCUAAAGGAGGACUGCUGAGUGUUUUUGUUGAUGCCUACAUGGACGGCAGCAUAGAUGAUGCUCUGCUGGUGCCUGUGAGCAUCAACUAUGAACGGAUUGUGGAUGGGAACUUUGUUCGAGAGCAGACAGGGGCUCCCAAACAGAUGGAGAGUUUCCAAUCAGCUGUGACCAGCAUCUGGUCCUGCCUCACGUCUCACUACGGCGCCAUGAGAGUAGACUUCAACCAGCCAUUCAGUCUCAGAGAAUUAGUAAGUACAUUCCAAAGCAAGAUUGUACCUAAAACCAACAAGAAAAAGAUCCUACACAGUGUCCCUUCAACAGCUUCCCUGUAUGGUACAGAUGUAGUGGUGGAGGAGCAUAGGCAGCUAGUAGACAGCAUUGCCAGGCAUAUUAUAUUUGACUGUUGCAGAUCCACCGCUGUGAUGUCCACCAAUGCCGUCAGUUUCCUGUUGUUGCACGUGUUCCGAGAUGGUGGUAAAGUGGACAUGAUAGCAGAGGCGCUAGACAAGCUUCGUUCACUCCUCAGUUUAACAGACCGUGACUGUGGCUUUGUAGGAGACUCUGUUGAUGUCAUCAACCAUGCGGUAGAUUUAUUGGGUCCAGGUAUGGUGAAGAAGGAAAGGACCAAUGAUGGAGUCAUGAUCACACCAGUUACUAUGCUGCCCAAUGUGAUAGAGCUGCAAUACUACAGCAAUAUUCUGAUACCUCACUUCAUCAUGGAGGCAGUCAUUGGAACCAGUAUAAAGUGCCUUGCAAAACUUAAACCAUUUGCUGGUGAAGUACAUAGAGGCCAGCUCAUUUCCAAGUGUAUUGAGCUAUGUGAGGUCAUGCAAUAUGAAUUCAUAUUCACCAAGACAUGCCAGUCAUUGGAAACAGCGUUAAAUGAAGUUAUGGACACUUUUCUAACAUCGGAUAUCCUUAUACCUCAGCAGAAAGUCAUGCUAACAGAGGAACAAGAGUGGAGCCAAAGGUAUGCUAAGCAGAUUGAGGACUCUGGUGAUGAGACUGAGGACGACGAUCAACACUUAACUUUAAACAACAGAAUAGAAGAUUUAGGCCCAACUUAUAAGGUUAACCUAGACAAUGAAUCCCAGAGGCUGUAUUCAACUAUGCUGCAACCUUUCAUUGAUGUCUACACAACUACAGUUCUCAAUCUUCACAGGUUGGAAGACAGACAGGUUCCAGAAAGAGACUUGAUUGAGGACAUUCUCAAUGACAUUAGGAGCAGGCUUGAUGCUGGUGACCUAACAUACAAUGAGAGUGUCUCUAUGGACACUGUGAGACAAGCACUCAAAUUGCUAGAGAAGUGGGAGGUGCUAGAGUGCCACAGUCAAGACAAGAUCAAGCUUUACUACUUAGGACAACAUUACGAUGGAGAAGGCUUGCUUGAUCCAAUAAUUGAGAGGAUCCGCCAGUUUCAAUGAUCUCUAGAAAUAAUUUAUAAUAGAUUUUUUAUUGUCAAAUGUUCAUCACUUUGUUGAAUGAGUUAUUAGUUUUUAAUUUUCUUAAGAGUCUAUGAACAUUGAGAUUUUAAACCGAUAACCUUGAUAAUACCUAAUAUUUUAUCGGUUCAAUUCCUUUUAUCUAGUUUUUGCUAAUUGACUUUUAAGAUAUUUCAAAUCCUAAGUAAGAUAAGUUGUUAAACAUUGUGUACCCUUCUCUUCUGAUUAUUUUUUAACAUUUUUACUAUCCCCUUCACUCUGUUAUAUCUUAUCAAAUCCAUUUACUACUUCUUAUUUACUAGUUUUUAAUUAAAUUAACAGUGCCAUCUUGAUUCUUUGUUAACAAUUUUUUAAACUUUCAUAUUAUUUUUAAGGUUUAAUUAUGCCUUAAUACUCAAUAAUUAUUAAUGAUAAAGACUGGGACAAAUAUUGAUUAUAUUGUUGCUCUUUGUACAUUUAUAGUUUUGUAGUUAAGAUUGUUAUGUAAAUAAUUGAUUCCAUUCUGAGAAUGGUCACACAGUUACCAGGCUGGAUUUGAUUUGUUAUUGAAAUAUAUAAAACUGUGUAAU